UUCUUUUGUGGGGCUCCCGCGCGGCCAUUCAUCCGGCUGCUUAGGGUCCUGUAAAUACCGCCUCGAUGACCCAGGCCCCGCUCGGCCUCGGCCAUCGUUUAGCGACCGGUUUCCUGGUCGUUAACACGGGGCCGAGAUACAGUUUUCAGUACCCCGCGCGGGCCUGGGAAUACCGACUUCCUGUGCAGGUCACACCUCUCGUGAUCUUUCCUGAAAAGUGCGGGAGGUGGGCUGGAAUCUCUCAAAUGCCUCAUUCAUCUAAAACUAUGAUGAUCACCUGCCAGCUUAACACCGUGCUUCAUGGCAGUUGAACAUGUGUCGGGUCAGAACAGCGGAACAGAACAAUAGAAUGGUACCGCCUCAUGGCCGGAGGGACUCUACCUGCCCGUCUGGAUUUGGUUCCAGGCGUUAGUCAUGGGGCUUCUGGAGCCUUUUCGCCUCUGUGCCCGCCCGCCCGCCCAUGAACCAGGACUAAUGUCGGGUCUCCCUCAUAAGGCUCAUCAGCUCUUAGCACAGCGAAUACUCGAUCAAAUGAUGCUGUUUGGAAAAAUUUCCUGGCAGUUGUGUGGCUUAAAGAAACUCCCAUGGUCAUGUGACUCCAGAUACUUCUGGGGCUGGUUGAAUGCAGUAUUUAAUAAAGUAGAUCGUGAACGCAUCAAGGAAGUUGGCCCCGAAAGGGCGGCCUCCGAGUGGCUGCUUCGCUGCGGGGCCAUGGUACGCUAUCACGGCCAGGAGAGGUGGCAGAAGGACUACAACAACCUCCCAACAGGCCCUCUGGACAAAUACAAGAUCCAGGCCAUCGAUGCCACUGACUCUUGUAUCAUGAACAUUGGAUUUGAUCAUCUAGAGGGCCUACAGCACGUUGAAAAAAUAAGGCUAUGCAAGUGUCAUUAUAUCGAGGAUGACUGUUUGGAGAGAAUUAGUCAACUUGAAAAUUUACAAAAAAGUUUGUUGGAAAUGGAAAUAAUUUCAUGUGGGAAUGUCACAGACAAAGGCAUCAUUGCUUUGCAAAAUUUAAGAAACCUCAGGUAUUUGUUGCUAAGUGAUCUUCCUGGAAUAAGAGAGAAAGAAAACCUUGUUAAAAUCUUUAAGGCAUUACUACCUUAUCUGGAACUAAAAUUUGACUUGAAGCAAAAUAAUAAUCAUCAAUAAGUGCCUUAUUCAAUAUAAAGUAUCAUUUAAAAUUGAUCCUAAACAGCAACGAAUAUUAUGUAAGCAUCAAUAGAACUAUAAGGAUGUCAUAUCAUGAUAUUUUAAAAGCAGAAAGUCCAUCAUGUAGAAAAUAAAUAUUCAGAUGAGACUCAUUAAAGUUACUAAACUGAAGUGAUGCAAACUAGGUAACAUUUUAAUUUACUCAUUUUAUAUAGAUAUCUCGAUGUAGAUACUGACUUAGAAUUCUUUAAAGACAUUUAAAUCUACAACACAGAUAUUCUUGAUUGUAUGUUACACUUUAAAGUUAUUGAAGCAUGUUACUAUAAAUGUAUAAUUUUGGAAAACUGAAAGCUAAAUUUCAGAUUCAUUGAAGUCAAUUAUGCCAAGAAGUCGGUAGUUGUGGAGGCAUUCAUAUCGCUCUCAGGAUUUGCAUGCCUUUCUCAUAAUUCUGCAUUCCUGUGUUUUUUCAUACUUACACCCUUUCUCUGAAUGAGUAGUUUCUGGCUAACUUGUCUAUUUGCUAAGCUUAGUCUGGUAUUUUAUUAUAAGUAGACAUAAAUACGUGGCUGAAUUCAAAUAGUUCUGCUGAUUGCAUUAGAAUAGAGGAAACAAUCAUGAAGACCAGCACUUUUUGCUUAAAUUAAAAAAUUGCUAUAAACAGAGAACUUUAACAUGUCAAUUAGAAAUGGAUUUUUAUUUCCCCAUAUACAGUGGAUAUUAUUUCCUGUGACCUCAAGGAUACCUUAAAGACAAUAUUCAUUUUAUAUCUAGAAAACAGUGUUAAAGAUUAUUAUUAAGUAGAUAAAAAUAUAUCUUUAUUUUUACCUGCUUAAAGUGGCCCUGAUUCAGUUAUUGUUAGUUAUAUGCCAACUUGUUUGUGGAUUUCUGUACAUUUGGUUUGAAUAGAACUUUGCAAAUAAUGUCAAAAUAAACACUUUCUAUGAUACAGAAUUUAGGUAGAAAAAUGAAUUUUAAUUGUGUUCAGAAACUAGCUUAUAUAAAUAGAACAUACCAUAAAUGAUACACUAUUUACUAAUAAUUGCCACUGUCAUUUUAAAAAAUCAGAAAUUAGUACAUUUACAAAAAAGACAAGGAUAUAGAAUAGUUUCAUGUGAAACAGUGGUGAUUCCAUGUGAAGAAAGGAUUACAGAUAUGGUUAAACAUAAGCAUACAUUUAAUAGAACUCAUAAAAAAUAA